CCGAGAUCCAAGUUGGGAGCACAGCCGCCCGUGUCGGCCCGCCAUGUAGCUUCGCUGCACGGCUCCUUCGUGCACGACGCUCGCCAUUGCAGCGGCGCUCCGUGCGCGCACACGCACGCGGCGGACGUGCAUGCGGACCGAGUCUUUUGCGUUGUGCAUGUGUGCUGCACGAGCCCCAUCGCGAGGCUCCAUGGAGGGCGGGAGCGAGAGGGACGGCUCCCCUCCCCGCCACCCCGGCAGAGGACACAUGUCUCAGGCCAAGGGAGGCAAGAAGAAACCUGCUCUCAAACUGUCCAAAGAAGUCUUUGAGCAGCCUACUGCCGCACUGCCGCCAAGAGAUUUAGAUUCCAAAGCUUGUGUGACCAUCGGCGACAAGAAUUUCGAGGUGAAGGCUGACGACUUGGAGCAGAUCAGCGAGCUGGGCCACGGCGCGUACGGCGUGGUGCACAAGAUGAGACACGUCCCCAGCGGCGUCAUCAUGGCGGUCAAGCGGAUCCGGGCCACCGUCAACACGCAGGAGCAGAAGAGGCUGCUCAUGGACUUGGACAUCUCCAUGAGGACGGUGGACUGCUUCUACACCGUCACGUUCUACGGGGCGCUCUUCAGGGAAGGCGACGUGUGGAUCUGCAUGGAGCUGAUGGACACGUCCCUGGACAAGUUCUACAAGAAGGCCAUCGAGAAAGGCCGCACCAUUCCGGAGGACAUCCUGGGAAAGAUCGCCGUCUCGAUCGUCAAAGCGUUGGAGCAUCUUCACAGCAACCUUCAGGUCAUCCACAGAGACGUCAAGCCUUCCAACGUGUUGAUCAACACGCAGGGUCAGGUGAAGAUGUGCGACUUCGGCAUCAGCGGCUACUUGGUGGACUCGGUGGCCAAAACCAUGGACGCCGGCUGCAAGCCUUACAUGGCGCCCGAGAGGAUCAACCCUGAAACCAACCAGAAAGGCUACAGCGUCAAGUCGGAUAUUUGGAGUUUAGGAAUCACCAUGAUCGAGCUCGCCAUCCUGCGCUUCCCGUACGACUCGUGGGGCACGCCCUUCCAGCAGCUGAAGCAGGUGGUGGAGGAACCUUCGCCUCAACUUCCUGCUGAGACGUUCUCCCCCGAAUUUGUGGACUUCACGUCACAGUGCUUGAAGAAAGUCUCCAAAGAGCGUCCCACCUACGCUGAACUCAUGCAACAUCACUUCUUCACCUCUCACGAGGCCAAAGAAACCGAUGUGGCGACCUUUGUCAAGGUCAUCCUGGGGGACUGAGUGCCCCGACCCCUCCCCCUUUGUCUCGACUCCGCCCACCCCGUGGAAGGUCACGUGCACGUGUGUGUGUAUACGUGUGUGUAUCAGAUGAAUGAAAUGUAAACCUGCAACUCACAUGUACUCCUUUUUCGUUGAUUGUUUGAUUGACAUAUUUAUUUGAGUGUUCUUGAGGUGGGCGGGGCCUGAAGAAAACGUCAUCAAACGUCCCUCUCACUCAUCCGACUGACUGACCUCCGUCACUGGGGAGGAACCUGCCCCCCCCUCUCUCCCCCCGUCCCCCAGCUGCUCAAAGACUUUCUUCUGUCUGCUUGUUGUGCCGCCUGACCUUUGAGCUCUGUUGCUUUGCUAGCAUGUGGCCUCUUAGCGAUCAGAGAUGCUACGUGGAGACGAGCUCUCACUCCCGUCAAGACUGAUGACUGUUUCGAAUUUUAGAUUGUGUGCAAACGCCAAUUAAAAAAAACAAAG